ACAGCCACAAUACAAUCAAUUACGUUGUAAAGACCCACUUCUUCUUCAGUUCUUGAUCAACGGUUCUACUACUAUAUUUGAAUAUUUACUAGAAAAUAGCAUUAGCAAGUAAAAGACAGAACUACCAGACAUGUCAGGCAGCAUGUCGCCUCCAAGGGGUACCCUAACCCUGAAAUGGGACCCAAAGAAUCUGGAGAUCAGAACAUAUUCAGUGGAGAAGACGUUGGAACCAUUAGUUACACAGGUGACUACACUUGUCAACACCAAACCGUCGAGUAUGAAGAAAGGUCGAUCAAAGAAAGCUCAUGUUUUAGUGGCUGCUGUGAUCAAAGCUACAGAGAAGUUCAUUGAGCAAGGAGAAGAGAUAGCUCAUGAAAUACCAGAGAUUGAAAGAGAGAUGUUAGCUGCUGUUGAAGAAGUCAGAAGCACAGGUGAAGAUAUGCGUGUAGCAUCAAGUGAGUUUGCAGAGGAUCCAUGUUCCUCAGUAAAGAGAGGUUCCAUGGUCAGAGCUGCUCGUGCCUUGCUCUCUGCAGUCACCAGACUUCUCAUAUUAGCUGACAUGGUUGAUGUACAUCUUCUACUUCAGACACUCAGAGUUGUUGAAGAUGAUUUGGAUAAAAUCUUGCGAUCACAGAACCCAGAAGAUCUGAUGAACAACUUCAAGCGUUUUGGACAGAACAUGAUGGAGUUCAACGAUAUAUCUGGUCGCAGACAAAAUGAUUUGAAGGAUCCUCGACGUCGUGAUGAAAUGGCUGCUGCCAGAGCAGACCUAAGGAAACACAGUACUAUGCUCUUCACUGCUUCUAAAGCUUGGUUGCGACAUCCUGAUGUUCCAGCUGCUAGGGAGAACCGUGACUAUGUUGUCAAACAGUUAGAGGAUGCAAUGAAUGCUAUCUCUAAUGUAUCUCAAGCCACAGGAGAUUCUAGCGCCAAUCCUAACAUCGAAGGAUCAGGAGAACUCAUUGCGGCACUUGAUGAAUUAGAUAAGAAGAUUAAGAUGAGUCCCGUGGAAUACAACGAAGUGCGUACGCGCCCGUCCCUAGAGGAGCGUCUUGAGAGUAUAAUCAGUGGAGCUGCUCUCAUGGCUGAUUCAUCAUGUACCAGGGAUGAUAGGAGAGAGAGGAUUGUAGCCGAGUGUAAUGCUGUGAGACAGGCACUACAGGAUCUGCUCUCAGAAUACAUGAAUUGUGCUGGAAGCAGAGACCGCAGUGAUCCCUUGGAUGAGGCUAUUGAGAGAAUGUGCAAGAAAACCAAAGAUCUACGUAGACAGCUACGUAAAGCAGUUGUUGACCAUGUAUCCGAUUCCUUCUUGGAGACCAAUGUACCUCUUUUGGUCCUGAUUGUAGCAGCUAAGAGUGGUAAUGAGGCGGAGGUAGAGAAAUAUGCCAAGGUCUUCCAAGAACACGCCAACAAGCUGGUCGAGGUUGCCAAUCUGGCAUGUUCAAUGUCCAAUAACGAGGAAGGAGUGAAGAUGGUCCGGAUGGCAGCAACGCAGAUCGAGAACCUGUGCCCUCAAGUUAUCAAUGCAGCCCGUAUCUUGGUAGCCAGACCCCGUAGCAAGGCUGCUCAAGAUAACAUGGAUGUCUUCAAGGAUCAGUGGGAGACGCAGGUCCGUCUUCUCACCGAGGCUGUGGAUGAGAUCACUACCAUUGAUGACUUCUUAGCCGUAUCAGAGAGUCAUAUAUUGGAGGAUGUGAACCGUUGCGUGAUGGCGCUUCAUCAGCAGGAUCCAGAGACAUUAGACCUGACUGCUAACUCGGUCAAAGGACGCUCGGCUCGCAUCUGCACCGUAGUCAACUCUGAGAUGUUAAACUAUGAACCUGGUCUGUAUACAGAUAAGGUCAAAGAAGCAGUUAAUAUUCUCAAGAAUGAAGUUAUUCCUCAUUUUUCCAACAUGGUUGAGAUAGCUGUUGAUGCAUUGAGCUCUCAACCCCCUAAAGACACGGAGGAGAAUGAGUUUGUUGAUGCUUCUCGUAUGGUGUACGAUGGCGUGAGAGAAAUCAGAAGAGCAGUACUUAUGAAUAGGAAUCCUGAUGAGAUCGAGACCGACACUGAAGUGGACUAUGAAGAGGAGUACGAUGUCAAGAGCAAAUCAAGCUACCAGACUGAGCCUUAUGAACUUGAGGAUGUACAGGAAGGAGUUACAUCUAGGGCAAUGAUGAGGGAUCUGCCACCAGAGGAGAAAGAGAAGAUCAAGGAACAGGUUGAACUGUUCCGUCAAGAGAAGGAGAAGCUAGAUCUUGAGAUGGCUAAAUGGGAUGAUAGCGGUAAUGAUAUCAUCAUCUUAGCUAGACAGAUGUGUAUGAUCAUGAUGGAGAUGACAGAUUUCACCCGUGGAAAGGGUAAGCUUAAAACAACCAUGGAUGUGAUCAAUGCUGCUAAGAGAAUUGCUGAAACUGGUACUAAGCUGGAUAAACUUGCCAGGCAGAUCGCUGAUCAGUGCCCAGACUCUUCAUCAAAGGAAGAUCUGCUUGCAUACCUCCAACGUAUCGCCCUCUAUUGUCAUCAAUUGAACAUCACCAGUAAAGUCAAGGCUGAAAUUCAGAAUAUCAGUGGGGAGUUGGUCCUUUCUGGGUUGGACAGUGCUACUUCCUUGAUCCAAGCUGCUAAGAACUUGAUGGGAUCUGUAGUCCAGACGGUCAAGGCUUCCUAUGUAGCAUCUACCAAAUUCAGAUCCAAGAUGCAAGGAGCUGGAACAACUGCUUCUCCUGUUGUCCUGUGGAAGAUGAAGGCUCCAGAGAAGAAACCUCUCGUCAGACGUGAGAUCCCUGAUGAACUUGAUUCCAAGAUCAGGAAGGCAGCCAAGAAACGUGAAGUCAACCCUGUACAAGCUCUCAGUGAAUUCAAGGAGAAAGGUCCAUUUUAAGAUGCCGACUGAUAGUACCUGGGCCCCGUCUUACAAAGAGUUGCGAUUGAUCUGAUCAACCACAACUAUGGAAAGCCAGCUACACCAACAUCUAAAAUGCAUGUUUGUUUCAAUGUGUUUUCUAGAUAUGAUGUAUACUAAAGCAUUCAUUGUUGUCUUGAUAAUAUGUUGUUGUCCUCUUUGUUCACAAAAAAAAAACUUUGUACAAAGCAGGAAAGUUAGGACUAUGAUGGAUUUUCAUAGAGUUUACAUUGAUCGCAUCAAUCGCAACUCUUUGUAAUUUUCUGAAUGACCGGUGAUUCUAUCUUAGGCACUAAAUCCACAUCAAUGAAAAUUUGAUGUAUAUCAUUGUCAUUUACCACAAGAAAGGAUCACCAAUCUUUUGUAAAGUUGCUUGUAACUUAUGAACAGCUCUAUGAAAACACCCACUCUGGUAUGUUUCAUAAAUAUCUUCAUAUUGAGUUAUGCACGACUUCACACAUGAUUUUACGCAUGACUGGUGAUCCUUUCUUGGUUGCUAAAUCAGAUUCUCAAACAAUAUUGAUUCCCUUCAGGUACAGUUGGAAUCUGAUGUUUGUAGAUUGAAAUUAACAUUUUAACAAGAAUUUGGAAAUUGUGGGAGUGGGAUCUCAUUAUGUUAAAAUAGGGAAAAUAUUGGGUUUCUCAUUAAGCGCAAUAUUAAGGGUCAGUAGUCGUGUUGUGUGUAAAUUAAGAAAAGCUUUAUGAAAUGGUCCUCUACAUGGGAUCUCUCUGAUUUUACUUGUUGAAAGCUAGUUUUUAGCGUUGUCUUGAAGUAAUGGGUAUUCCUUAUUCACAGACCUCUUACCUGGUCCAUUCUCAGACAAGAAAACAGUAAUAAAGGUAACUUUUGCUGGUAGAUAUAUGAAUAUUUACAAGGACUGUGCUCAUUUUGAUAUGCAUAAUUCUUUGACUGCAGAAUAUUGAAUGAUAAUAGAUAAAAACAAAUGAUUUUGUAAUAAUAUAUGAAUCAUUUUUUCCUGUCUGCAGAGUGAUCCAGAUGACUACAGACUUCAUUUCUUUUGUUCAAAAUGUAAUCAAUUGUUUAGGCCAAUACUUGUGUUAAUAGUAUUAAUUUUUACUCAAUCACAGUACUUUUUUUUACCAAAGCUGGACUGAGUACUAAAAAAUAAAGUAUUGUAAGAAAUCCAAACUUGGCAUCAUUUGUAGAUAAAUGAUGUUCACUUUUAACAUAGAAAGAAUGACUGAAGAUGAGAAAUUCAGCUGAAA